ACUACUGUCAAACUGUGUAAUUGAGUCUCGCUAGCAAAGGCAGAAAAGCGUUAGACCGAACCCAGCUGGGACCAUGGGUUCAGGGGUUUGAAAAGUCCAGAAGUCUAGACCGUCGAGCUCGAACUGCCCUGAUGCCGGCAAGAACCCAUUUCGGCUCUGAGCAAACAUUGGCCGCUCCCCAUCGCGCUCGACGCUAUUGAAUCUACAACGGGUCGAAUUAUCAAUUCUUACGACCAAAAGAGGGCGCCGCCGACGAGCUGAAAGUCUGUAAAAUGAUGAAAGUAAUGGAAUGGGCAACAUGAGUGGUGACAAAAAGGAACCGAGUCCCAACAACCAUUUCAAUCUCUCUUCACCUCAAGGUUGGAUUCACCUCAGUCAUUCCUUCACUCCAGUCUAGUCACUCGUUCAAAUCAUGAAAAACUUUGGUAUUGUCGCUCUUUCGGGGGCUGCCCUGCUGCAGGUGGCUUCUGCUGCUUGCUGUCGCAACAACAAUUGCUUGAAGGCUGUUGCUCUCGCGGACUUCGAGGGAGUAAUGGACUGCAAGUCCAACCUCUUCGUCACCGUGACCCCAUCAGCAAGCACCUACACGGAAACAGUCACGCUCGUCCAGAGCGCCGUGGACACCGUCCUCUUCACCGAGACUACGACGGAAAUCGCCUCAACCGAGACCCGUAUCCUCACUGAGGUCAUCACAGUCACUUUAGCGACCGAGACGGACUUCCUCACCGAGACCGUCACCGUUCCUUACACCACGACCUUGAUCUCGCUUCUCCCCGAAGUCACCUCGACCUCGACGGCCUACCAGAACCCCAUCGACAUCGAGACCUUCAAGCUGAAGGCUCGCGACACGCUGACUCAAAUUGAGGAGGCCAACCCUCUCCCCAGCUACGCCACCGCCGACUGCGCCGACUGGUCCCAGUACUCCAAAGCCUGCAAGUGCGUCGGCGUCACGGCAUCCACCAUCACCGCCAGCGUUGCCGCCGUUGAGACCGUAACCGUGACCGCCUCCGACGCACUCACCACCGUCGUCGCCACCCUCUCUACCACCUCCACCGACAUCAUCUCCGUAACCGAAACCCUCUCCGACACCGAAACCGAAACCAUCGGCGCCACGGACCUGAUCACCGCCACCACCACCCUCACCAUCUCCGCCGUGGAGACCGCAACCACCACAUCCACGCCCGUCUCCGUCGUGCCGUUAGUCUGCAAACCCCGCGGCCUAUCCUUCCGCGCCCAGACCCCUUACCCCGACGGCUCCACCCGCUGGAUGAACACAGUCGGCGGCAGCGUCAUCGCCUGGCAAUCCUUUUCCGGCGUUCCGGCUCCCGGAAAUGCCGGCGCUCUGACCUCAACCUGGGUCCUCGACUCCAACGGCUACCUUGAACUAGCUCAGCCCGUCGCCGGGCAGUCGUCCGUAUACGCCGCCUACGUGCUGGUCAGCGACAAGGGCGCGACGGUGUCGGUGCGGCCCAAGCUCAAGGCGGAUGUGGAGGCGGGCGUGGCAGCGGGCACGAUGCAGCGGGUGAAAGGGUGUGUGAAUGCGGGGACGGGACAGCUGACGCUGUCGGCGAAUGGGCGGGGGAAUAUGCUGUCGUGCGGCAAUGGGCUUUAUUUGUCGAUGGGGACGGAUGGAAAGGAUGUUAGGAGCGAUUGUGUUUACCUUGCUCCUGUUGCUGCGUAGGGGGUAUGAUUGGGCUUACACUAAAACCCUGCUCGAAACAUAGAACUAGGUAAAGAUGAGAAUGUUGGAUACCUACCCAAAGAGGUAACUAAU